AUGAAGAAUUCAAGCUUGCUUUACUUGACAAGAAAUCUCUUGGUGAACUACAGCAAAGGUGUCAGACCAGUGAAAAACUGGACCCAGGCUACCACGGUGUAUAUCGAUCUCUUUGUCCACGCAGUAUUGGAUGUUGAUGGACAGAAUCAAAAGCUGACAACUAGUAUCUGGUAUCGACAGAUGUGGAAAGAUGAAUUUCUGUCCUGGGACUCCAGUCAGUUUGAUGGAAUUGGAGAAAUCUCCCUCCCGCUCAACGUCAUUUGGGUGCCUGAUAUUGUCAUUAAUGAAUUUGUUGAGGAUGGAAAGUCACCCGAUUUGCCCUAUGUCUAUGUGAGCUCCUCUGGGACCAUCAAAAACAACAAGCCUAUGCAAGUGGUGUCGGCAUGUAGCCUGGAGACCUAUGCCUUUCCCUUUGAUGUACAGAACUGCAGUCUGACCUUUAGCAGCUGCUUACAUACAGUGAAUGAUCUAAAUCUCUCCAUCUGGAGGAGUUAUGAGGAAAUUAGGAAUGACAAAAGUAUUUUUCUUAAUGAUGGAGAAUGGGAGCUUCUAGCUGUGCCUUCCACCUAUGAGAUCCUACACACUCAUGGCGGGAGCUUUGCUCAGGUUCAGUUUAAUCUUGUUAUCCGCCGGCGCCCUCUUCUCUAUAUUGUAGGCAUCCUCUUGCCCAGCAUUCUGCUUAUGUUUGUAGACCUCAUGAGCUUUUACCUACCCCCAGACAGUGGAACCAGAAUCAUGUUCAAAACCACCAUUCUUGUUGGCUAUACAGUCUUCAGAGUUAAUAUGGCGGAUGAACUGCCAGCUACCACUUUGAGUGUGCCAUUAAUUGGUGUAUUCUUUGUGGUUUUCAUGGCCCUAAUGGUGCUUAGUCUUGGCAAAUCGAUUAUGGUGGUAAAGUUUCUUCAUGUUGACAAGGAAGGAUCUAAAAGUCUUCUGAUAUCCCGAUGCCGAAGGUUGACUCAGGAGAGACAGGAUGACCAUGAAGAAAACACAGAGGAUCACUCUAUAAGUUCAAUCAAUGAAACAGGAGGUAAUACAGUUAUGUAA